AUGCAUUUAGACUCAAAAUUAGACUUUGAUGUAGAGACAGUAGUAUUAAAAAUAUAUAGUCAUUUCUCUUCGUCUGCAUCAAGAAGAGAAAAUUUAAAAAGUUUUUUUGAUUUCGCUCAAGUUGAUCGGGAAGAAUUGGUGAAACAUGUACCAACUAGGUGGUUAUCUCUUGGUCCAGCAAUUGACAAAAUUUUAAAAUUUUAUCCAGCCUUAAUAUCAUAUUUUUUAUCAAUAGGAGAUGAAUGUCCCAAAGUUCUUCAAAAAUUACUAUCAAUAAAUGCAGACACUGAUACAGAGCAAGACAAUUAUCUUUACAUUAAAACCUAA